AUGUUGACUCUUUGCUGGGACCCUGCUGCCGCGGAGAACAUGCCUGGAAGUAACCCGUCUGUUUCUCCUUCCUUGCAGGUGAGUGUCCUGACCACCUUGGAACGAAGGUUCAACCUCCAGAGCGCCGACGUGGGGGUGAUCGCCAGUAGCUUCGAGAUUGGGAACUUGGCGCUCAUCUUGUUCGUGAGCUACUUCGGUGCCCGGGGACAUAGGCCACGUUUGAUCGGAUGCGGUGGGAUCGUGAUGGCGCUGGGCGCUCUUCUCUCGGCGCUUCCUGAAUUCCUGACCCACCAGUAUGAAUACGAGUCGGGGGAAAUUCGUUGGGGGGCUGAAGGGAGGGACGUGUGCGUGGUCAACGGAUCUACCCGCCGCGAAGGACCAGACCCGGAGCUAAUCUGCAGGAACCGGACUGCCACAAACAUGAUGUACUUGCUUCUCAUUGGAGCGCAGGUCCUCCUAGGGAUUGGUGCUACCCCUGUGCAGCCUCUAGGGGUUUCCUACAUCGAUGACCAUGUGAGGCGGAAAGAUUCUUCCCUGUAUAUAGGGAUCUUGUUUACAAUGCUAGUGUUUGGGCCAAUACUCAUGCAGCUUUUUAUCUUAGGGCCUUUCUGUACCAAAAUCAUAGCUGUGGAUGAAGUUCUUCAUUGACACACAAGUAAGCUGGACAUCACCCCCGAUGACCCCCGGUGGAUCGGCGCGUGGUGGGCGGGCUUCCUCCUCUGCGGUGCCUUACUCUUCUUCUCCUCCCUCCUGAUGUUCGGGUUCCCACAAUCCUUGACACAACAGCCGGAGCACUUGACCGCGGCUGAGGAGGCCAUGCUCCCAGACCGGGACUACGAGAGGCCCAAGCCGAGCAACGGGGUCCUCCGACACUCCCUGGAAGCCGAGGAGGGCAGCUCUUGUCUCCAGCAGCUGAGAGUGAUUCCUAAAGUAACCAAGCACUUGCUCUCCAAUCCUGUGUUCACCUGCAUUGUCCUGGCUGCCUGCAUGGAGAUCGCGGUGGUUGCUGGGUUUGCGGCCUUCCUCGGGAAAUACCUGGAGCAGCAGUUCAAUCUCACCACGUCGUCAGCUAACCAACUGCUGGGCAUGACGGCGAUCCCGUGCGCGUGUCUGGGCAUCUUCUUGGGGGGCCUCUUGGUCAAGAAACUGAGCCUGUCGGCUCUUGGGGCCAUCAGGAUGGCUAUGAUGGUCAACCUGGUAUCCACAGCGUGUUACGUCUCUUUCCUCUUCCUGGGCUGCGAUACGGGACCUGUGGCUGGGGUGACCGUUCCCUAUGGAAACCAGUGA